UGUAAUAUACAAAAUCGUCCUGAAUAGCGUUUAUCAUUGCUCUCGGUAUUUAUCCAUACCCAUCCAUUUACCACAAUUGGCGACGAGGAUAAUUGGAUUAAAGAUAAUUGGAAAGGAUAAUUGGUUAAAAGAAAAGGUCGAUAUUUUUUUUCAACAUAACCUAAUUGGACGCGUGCUCUAAUUUUUCUAAUACAUAUUUUUUUGGGUUACGUUCGUUACAACUUGGUGGAAAGAUGCCAGCCGGUGUACAAAACGCUGUAGUUACUGACCCAGUUAGGCCAGCCGGUGCACAAAACGUUGUAGUUACUGACGCAGUCAUGGGACACAGACCAAUUGUAGGCUCGAUGGCAGAAUACAAUCCAAAGGAAGAUUGGGAGUUAUAUAAAGAGCGUUUGGAUCAAUUUUUUGAGGCGAACCAGAUUACACAUGCACCAUAUUGCACAGCGACACUCAUCACGUUAAUUGGAACAUCAACGUACCGAAUUUUGCGAGAUUUAUGCAGCCCAGUUUUGCCAAAGGAGAAGACAUAUGCGGAGCUUUGUCAAUUGUUAAGACAGCAUUUUACUCCAGCGGUAGCAGUAUUUAAAGAGAGGAUUGAAUUCUAUAGUGCAAAGCAAGAGGACGGAGAAACUAUCAACGAUUGGUAUUUACGAAUUAAAAGCUUAGCUUCAAAUUGCAAUUUUCAUCAUUUGGAAGACAUCCUCAAAGACAAAUUUGUCACGGGAAUGUUGCCAGGCAGAAUUUUAAGUCGUAUUUGUGAAGAAGAUCCAACCAAGAAAGAUUUGGAAGCACUCAAAGUUUUAGCACAAAGUUUGGAGGUGACGCUGAAAGAGAGAGACAACAUUCAUUUUGUGGGGCGAAGAAAAUCUUCACAGUUGCAGGGGAAAUCUGGACAACAGAAACGAGAGGUGCCGUCAAGGAGUUUUCAACCGAUUCAAAAAUCUUCAAGUAAAUUCCAGCCAGGGGCUAAUACGAGGUGCUACGCUUGUGGUGAGACAAAUCAUAAUUAUAAAUUUUGUAAAUAUAAACGAUAUAAGUGUACUAACUGUUCAAAGUUUGGGCAUAUUAGUAAAGUAUGUGCAAUUAAUAUAAAAAAGCAACAUUUUUUACAAGUUAACGAUGAAGAAGUUGUUGAAACAGACGAUUUUCCAGAGGCAUUGUACAAUCUAUUUAAAUUGAGCGAUAAAGACAUUGUAGAUAGGCAAAGUUUAUUUAGUAUUCAGCUAGAAAUAGAGAACAUUAAAUUUUGUUUUGAGGUAGAUACGGGGGCUAGUGUGUCCAUUUUGCCCGAAGGUAUUUAUAAGGAAAAAUUGUCUAUGAUUCCAUUAAGAAGAUGUAAUACUAGUUUACAAUGUUAUGAUGGGAAAAUGAUUAUUCCAUUAGGAUCGAUAAGGGUAAACCUAUGUUAUCAAAAUAACAAUUUUAUGACAACUUUGUUAAUUGUAAAUAGUAAUGGUCCACCAUUAUUGGGUCGAGAUCUGAUAAGUAGAUUAGGAAUUAAGUUAGUGGAAUCGAAAAACAAUAAUGUUUAUAGUAUUAACGUGGUAGGGAAUUCUAAGAGCUUGAACGCUUUGUUAGAUAAAUAUGAAAUCAUUUUUCGUGACGAGUUAGGAAAAUUUUCCAAAAGUAAAGUUUCUAUUACCGUUCCAGUUAAUACAAAACCAAUAUUUUGCAAACCUUAUAAUAUUCCAUUUGCAUACAAGGCCAAAGUUGAGCAAGAACUUGAUAGAUUAGAGAAAAUUGGCGUAAUUACAAAAGUCGAAACAAAUAAUUGGGGAACACCACUAGUUCCAAUUAUUAAGAAAGAUAAUUCAAUUCGUUUAUGUGCUAAUUACAAAAUAACUGUAAAUAAGUUUUUAGAUAACUUCAAUUACCCAAUACCUUUAAUUGAAGAUAUAUUUGUAGCAUUACAAGGAGGUGUAGAAUUUACCAAAUUAGAUUUAAGCCAAGCAUAUAAUCAGCUCAUAGUGGAUGAUCAGACAAAAUCACUAUUAGCGUGGAGUACUCACAAAGGAGUUUAUUUAGUUGAACGAUUACCAUUUGGGGUGAAAACGGCAUGUGCAAUUUUUCAAAAAGAAAUUGAUACUAUCUUAAAAGGGUUAAAAGGAGUGUGUUGUUUUAUUGAUGACAUUAUUAUAACAGGUAGUACUCGCCAAGAACAUUUGCAAAAUUUAGAAGCAGUUUUAGUUAAGUUAGCCGCUUCUGGUAUCAAAGUAAAGCUAGAUAAAUGUGAAUUUUUUAAAAGUAAAAUUAAUUAUCUAGGUUACGUUAUUGAUCGAGAGGGGUUACACAAAGAUAAUGCGAAAAUUCAAGCAAUUAAAAAUGUAAAUAGGCCUGAAAAUGUCACUCAAUUAAAAGCUUUUAUAGGUAUGGUCAAUUAUUAUGGCCGAUUCAUAAAAAAUUUGGCAAAUAUUCUAAAACCGUUGUAUGAACUAUUGCGUAAAGAUGAAAAGUUUCGUUGGAACAAAAGUUGCGAGGAGGCAAUGGAGAAAGCAAAGGAUGCUAUUAGUUCAGAUAAUGUACUGAUACAUUUCAAUCCAAAGUUACCACUUCAGUUAGCUUGCGAUGCUUCUAUGUAUGGCAUUGGUGCGGUUUUGUCACAUAUUGACGAACAGGGAAUGGAAAGACCAAUAGCAUUCACUUCAAGAAUUUUAUCGAAAGCUGAGCAAGGAUAUUCAAUGUUAGAUAAGGAAGCUUUAGCUAUUUAUUAUGGAAUUAAAAAAUUUUCUCAAUAUUUGCUAGGACAUUCAUUUACGUUGCUUACCGAUCAUAAGCCGCUUGUAUCAUUAUUUGGGGAAAAUAAAGAUAUGCCUGCGUUAGCAGCAAGUCGAUUACAGAGAUGGGGUAUAUAUAUUAGUAAUUACGAUUAUAAAAUUAAGUACAUAAAGGGAACACAAAAUUCUAGUGCUGAUGCAUUAUCUAGAAUGCCAUUAGUAGUAAAUUUUGUAGAAAAUCUAGAUGUACACCCUCAGCUCAAUUUUAUUGAAACUGAAAAAUUAGCAAACUUAAGUCAAAUUCAACAAGAAACUCAAAAUGAUACAGUACUAAAGCAAGUAUAUAACUUUAUAAUGAGGGGGUGGCCUAAAUAUUUAAAUAAAAACGAUGUUGUAUUAAAACCGUAUUUUGACAAAAGGAAUGAAUUAACUGUAGAAGAGAACAUUAUCAUGUUAGGAUAUAGAAUAGUGAUUCCUGAAAUAUUACGAAAAAGUAUACUUGAGGAAUUACAUUCCACUCAUUUAGGAAUUAAUAAAACCAAGAGUAUAGCUAGAUCAUAUUUUUGGUGGAGCACAAUGAAUAAAGAAAUUGAAAAUUUGAUAUUAUCAUGUGAUGCUUGUUUGGUGAAUAGACCAGAACCACAGAAAUUAGUAAAACCAUGGCCAAAAACAAAUGAAGUUUUUGAGCGAAUACAUUUAGACUUUGCAGGACCGUUUAAGGAUAAAUAUUUUUUAAUCAUAAUUGAUUCUUUCAGUAAAUGGCCUGAAAUAUUUCAGUUAAAUACAAUUAAUACAAAAAUUACAAUUGAAAAAUUAAGGGAAACAUUCGCUCGCUAUGGAAUUCCUAAAACAAUCGUAUCAGACAAUGGAAGACAGUUCACAUCAUCGGAGAUGAAAACCUUUUGCGAAAAUAACGGCAUUAAACAUGUUUUUACACCACCUUACCAUCCGAACAGCAAUGGAGCAGCUGAAAACACAGUAAAAACCUUUAAAGCAAGUUUGAAUAAAGCAUUAAAGGAUCCCAAAUGCAGAAGUGCAUCCAUAGAAACACUGAUAUCAAGAUAUCUGUUGUGGUAUAGGAAUGCAAUGCAUAGCACAACAGGAGAAUCACCAGCCCAAAAGAUGUUUGGAAGGAAACUACGAAUGAAGUUUGAUAGGAUUAGAUCAAAUAAUAACAUCGAACUGGAAGGCCAAGUAACAGACAAGAAGCAAUGUUUGGUGGGGGCACAAGUUUAUAUAAGAGAUUAUAGAAAUCCCAAAGAACAAAAAUGGAUUAGAGCAUCGAUAACAAAGAAGAUCGGCGAGGUAAUAUAUGAAUGUGAAAUUCCGGAAACCGGGACAACGCACAGAAGACAUCGGGACCAGAUAAUACAAGUAGAAAAACAUUCAAGGAGCACAGGAGACAAAGGAAAAUCAAAAACUAAAAGGAUAGGGUAUGUACCGAAGACGAUGGAAGAAAAUAAGACGACAUCAAAUUUGGAUGAGAGAAGCCACACGAUUCAAGACGAAGUAUUAGUUGAAGACGAAGUAUUAGACAAUAUCGAUCAAGGAAUUGUUACUGCAAGUACACGACCAAAGCGUAAUAUUAGAAAGCCAGAUAAGUUAGAUUUAUAGUUCGAAAUAGAAUUGUGAGGGGGUAGUGUUAGGUUGGCAAUAAGCGAGUUUGGGACAAGAGACACUUGCAAUAAUGUAAUUGUCAGAAUGUAUGUACGUUUU